AUGGCAGUAACAGGACAUAUUAUGAGAUUACUGAUAAAUCUUAGAAAAUUCCCGAUGCGAUGUGCAUCAGGUGUUGUAUUUGUACCCGGUCAUGCAGAUCCUUCAUUUGGUGAAACGAGUAAAAUGAAUUUAUGUCAAGCGAUCAACAAUGCAAUGGAUAUUGCACUGGAAAGCGAUUCAUCCGCAUGUCUUUUCGGUGAAGACGUUGCAUUCGGUGGCGUUUUCCGAUGUACUGUUGGCUUACAGGAGAAAUAUGGUAAAGAUCGUGUUUUCAACACACCUAUUUGCGAACAAGGAAUAGCCGGUUUCGGUAUUGGUAUGGCCGUUUGCGGUUCGACAGCUGUUGCAGAAAUACAAUUUGCUGAUUAUAUAUUUCCAGCAUUUGAUCAGAUUGUGAACGAAGCGGCUAAGUAUCGGUAUAGAACUGGAAAUUUGUUUAACUGUGGAAAAUUAACAAUAAGAACAACAUGGGGUGCUGUAGGUCAUGGCGGUUUAUAUCAUUCACAAAGCCCUGAAGCUUAUUUCACACAUACGCCAGGUUUGAAGGUGGUGGUUCCACGUGGACCAAUUCAGGCGAAAGGUUUACUAUUAGCGAGUAUUCGAAACGAAAAUCCAUGCAUAUUUUUUGAGCCAAAAUUGCUAUAUCGUGCAGCCGUUGAAAACGUUCCGAUUGGUGAUUAUGAGAUUGAGCUUGAAAAAGCUGAAAUUGUCAAAGAAGGUAAAGAUAUAACAGUUGUUAGUUGGGGUACUCAAUUACACGUUGCGCUUGACGCUGUGACUGUCGCUGAAGAAGAAAUCGGUAUCAGUUGUGAAGUGAUUGAUUUGAGAACUAUUUUACCGUGGGAUGUCGAUACAGUUGUGAAGAGUGUUAAUAGAACUGGUCAUCUAAUAAUUACACACGAAGCACCCAUAACCUCCGGAUUUGCGGCCGAAAUAUCAACGAAAGUUCAGGAACGAUGUUUCUUACAUUUGGAGGCUCCAAUUAAUCGUGUUUGUGGCUGGGACACACCAUUUCCGCAUAUUUUCGAGCCCUUUUAUUUACCGACUAAAUGGCGCAUAAUAGAAAGCAUCAAGAAAUUAAUCGAUUUUCAGCAUUAG